AGGAAGCAGCUGGAAGUGGCAGGAAAUAUAUGGGCUAUGGGAUUGGGCAGGAAGCCAAGAAGAGGCUUUUGAAACAUAGGGUAUAACUUAAUUAGAUUGCUUGGAUCUAUAUAGGAAAGCAACAGAUUGAUAUUUAAGCUCCUAUAAUAUCGCGAUUGUGUUGUUUUAACGCCCUUGCUUGCUGCUGCGACCGCUGAUUAUAUCGUAACGUAAGAUGGAAGUCGAAGAUGGGAAGUUUAGACACAUACGACAGUUUUUUGCCGAGGACGCCUGGGAAGCCCUAAGUGAUCUCGAGAAGCAAGUUUAUUGUACAGGGUGUCCAGAAAAAAAAGAUACUACGAAAAUUAAGUCGCAUUCAUUAACGCACGUGCCGAUUUUGUUCCAACUUCGUGUGCUCAUAGUGCAAGAUUUGGCAAAACUCAUGAGCACUGUAAUGCGUCGUUGGAAAGUUGUCUGUCUGCCCUCCGAGAUGGUCAACAUGACCAUCAGUCACCUGCAGACUGUGCUAGUGCUGGAGCUGAUCCGCCGGAAGGCCGCUCACAUUGAGUAUCUACUUUGAGGAGCUGCCGCGACUAACCAAAGAGUUAAUAUGCCAUAUGGCGCCUGCUGUCUGUUUUGCCAUAUUUUUACGAAUACAAGCAUGUGCCAUUUUAAAAUGUAAGGUGUUUAUUUUCGGAAUUAGAGCAAAAAAUAAUAGUAUCCGUUUUUUCUGGACACCCUGUAACAUGAAGUCCAACUAUGACAAGUUAUCUGAACUCGGCAUCGCGGGUCACCCGCCAUCGUUCAUGCGCGCCCCGCCGCCGCUGCCGCCGCCCCGGCCGGCCCGACCGAAGCGUCCUCGACCAGCGAGGUCGGCCGAUGACGGCGACGAUGACUGGAGUCCGUCGCGAUGCGUACGGCCGGCCAAGCGGCGGUCGCGUUCCACCGUGCGACGUGGCGCCGCCAAGAGCAGGUUCCAGCCGCCGGUGAAGAGGACGGCGACGGUGACAUCGGCUGAGACGGCGCCCGCUGCUUCCUCGGCCGUGUGCGGUGAGCACGUCCAGUCAGAGGAGCGGCGGCGGGUCACCACAGAAGAGGUAGCAAAGGAGGUGGACCGGUCUCCGCGCAGGCCGCCGUCGCCGCCGUACGAUUUCAUCGGCUUUACGCUCGAGGAUCAGUUCAAGGCCCGGCACGCUGUGGACACGAAAGCUGAACUGCUGUGGAACCACAUCAUCGCCGAGUUCAAGGACUUGGGAGAAGAGCCUCCCGAGCGGGAGGUGUUCAAACGACGCCGGAACACGGUCAACUACCGGGAGGAGGAGGACCUGGACGACGACGACUACAUCUUCUGUGACGAGUGUGACCGCGAGUGGGAGGGCGACUGUCCUGUGCACGGACCGCUGCAGGUCGUACCCGACAGCAAGGUCCCGUUCGACACUGGCGAUCCUGAGAGAGACAUCAAGACCCGUCCCGAGUUCCUCAACCCGGGCCGGUCCAAAAUACCCGGAGCCAACACCGGUAUUUGGACGGAGAAGGACCUGCCGGCGCGGCUGAGGUUCGGACCCUACGAGGGUAUCGUCACCGCCGACCGACGCCAGGCCACCGACUCGGGCUACAGCUGGGAGAUCAAAAAGAGUCGCCGCGUGCACCACUACGUGAACGCCGGUGACUCGAGCUCCAGCAACUGGCUGCGGCUGGUCAACUGUGCCCGCUUCGAGCAGGAGCAGAACCUGAUCGCCUUCCAGUACAAGGGCCAGAUGUACUACAGAACGUAUAAGCCGAUUGUGAAGGGCUCCGAGCUGCUGGUCUACUACGGAGACGCCUACGCCCGGGAGCUCAACAUCAACGUGCAGACGUUCAGGAAGGCUCCGGCCGCCGCCCCGCCGCCAGCAGCCUUCGUGUCAGGUGGCUAUUCGACGGUUCGCUGCGUCCACUGCGACUACGCCUGUCUGGGACAGGAGCGGCUGGACAGGCAUGUGAAGAAAUGGCACGGUCACAUCGGCAGGAACGGACGGUACAAGUGUGAGUGGUGUGAGUACUCGACGAACGACAUGCGUGAUUUCAGUAACCAUCGCCUCACCCACACGGGAGAGCGGCCCCACCGCUGUGACGAGUGCGGCAGGACGUUUACUCAGCUCAUUAGUCUGACCACUCACCGCCGUAUACACACCGGCCAGAGACCGUACGUGUGUGACGUCUGUGGGAAGGCGUUCACAGAGAACGGUAACCUAACGAGACACAGACGGAUCCACACCGGGGAGAAGGUGCGUCAGUGUGAGCAGUGUGGGGCCGAGUUUAACCAGCUGUCCGACUACACCAGACACAUUCAGUCACACAACGGAGUGAAGCCGCACCGGUGCCAGGUGUGCUCGGCCCGGUUCGUUAAACAGGCGAACCUCACCACACACAUGCGGACUCACACGGGGGAGCGGCCGUACGGGUGCUCCUUCUGCGCGGCACGGUUCACGCAGCAGUCGGCCAUGAGGAGACACGUCACCGCCCGGCACACACACGACUACCGACACAGGUGUGAGCGGUGUGGCAAGGGAUUUGUGGUGCCCCGUGAGCUGAGGAAACACAGUGAGAGGUGCACGGUGACCAGCUGAUAUGUGUGUGUAGCUGUAAAGGCGGGGUGGUUGUUACGAGCCUGUUGUGAUUUUAUAAUGCAUGUAACUGCCUCUGGAUCAACUUAUUAUGACAAUGUCACUGUUGGCUGUGAUCGUUGAUUAAGGGCGUUGGUGCAUGCCGUUUGAUCAUUUUUUCCCUAUUUACUCGCACGCACACGACUCGAUGACAUUUGCGCUACGUUAUUGAGUCAUCUUGUGAUUAGUUUUAUUCAUCGUAUUACUGGACCCUAUCGAUAAAUGGUUUGACCGUACUGCAGUGGUAUGCAUCAUGGAGCGUUGUGUUGAUGUUUUAUAGUUUCAUCUGUUCAAUAUAUUUGGUGUUCGCA